AAUCCUUUCCCCACCCAAAACCCUCGCCAGUCGCCACCCCAUUUCCUCACUCCCUCUCUCUCUAGAACCUUCAUUUUUCUCUCUCUAGAAAUGGCGGGUUCAGGAGUAGUCGCGGUGUACGGAAAUGGCGCAAUCGCCGAGAGUAAGCAGUCGCCGUUCUCCGUCAAAGUGGGUCUCGCCCAAAUGCUCCGCGGCGGUGUGAUUAUGGACGUCGUCAACGCCGACCAGGCCCGGGUCGCGGAGGAGGCCGGCGCAUGUGCCGUCAUGGCCCUGGAGCGUGUUCCCGCGGACAUCCGCGCCCAAGGCGGCGUCGCCCGGAUGUCCGACCCGCAACUCAUUAAAGAAAUCAAGCAGGCCGUGACAAUCCCCGUCAUGGCCAAGGCCCGAAUCGGGCACUUCGUCGAGGCCCAAAUCCUCGAAGCCAUCGGCGUCGAUUACGUCGACGAGAGCGAGGUUCUGACCCUCGCCGACGAGGAGCACCACAUCAACAAGCAUAAUUUCCGGGUGCCCUUCGUCUGCGGCUGCCGGAACCUCGGCGAGGCCCUCCGCCGUGUCCGGGAGGGCGCGGCGAUGAUCCGGACGAAAGGCGAGGCCGGAACGGGAAACAUCAUCGAGGCGGUGCGGCACGUGCGGUCCGUGAUGGGGGACAUUAGGGUUUUGCGGAACAUGGACGAUGACGAGGUGUUCACCUUCGCAAAAAAGAUCGCGGCGCCGUACGAUCUGGUGAUGCAGACGAAGCAGCUCGGGAGGCUUCCGGUGGUGCACUUCGCCGCGGGAGGAGUGGCGACGCCGGCUGACGCGGCUCUGAUGAUGCAGCUGGGGUGCGACGGGGUGUUCGUCGGAUCGGGCGUGUUCAAGAGCGGUGACCCGGCGAAGCGGGCGAGAGCGAUUGUGCAGGCGGUGACGCACUACCGGGACCCCGAUGUGUUGGUGGAGGUGAGCUGCGGGUUGGGGGAGGCGAUGGUGGGGUUGAACUUGAAGGAUGCGAACGUGGAGAGGUUUGCGAGUCGGUCUGAGUGAUGGAGUUAAGGAACUGUUUGGAUGGUUUUAGUGGUUUUUUUACAUAUAAAAAAUUUAAGAUUAUGUGGCGGGUUGGGUUGGGUUGGGUUGGAUUUGUUUUUUUUUUUGCUGUUGGAUGUAGUAUUGAUUUUGUUUGCUUAAUAAUGGAUUAAAUUGUGUU